AGUUCCAGAGAAGCUUGUCAUGCAGAGGCAGCUACUGGUGAAGUAGAACAGUUGAGCGAGAGUUAAGCUGAUCAGAGUCAGAUAUGGGGCUUCUGGGAAUCUGGGUGGCCAUUCUCAUGACGCCUUGUGCAUAUUUCUGGGGGAGGAAAUGGAAUUUACUUGACCUAGUCACAGCAACGAUGUUCGUGUCGAUCCAUGUCCUUGCUUUAUUUGCGCCGUUUCAUUUCAACUGGUCUGCAUUUUUCCUCAUGUUGGCUCUCGGUUAUGCCACCGGCUUGGGAAUAACUCUGUCGUACCACAGAAACCUUGCGCACAGGAGUUUCAGGCUUCCCAAGUACCUCGAGUACUUGUUUGCAUAUAUCGCCGUUCUUUCGGCUGAGGGUAGUCCAAUUGAGUGGGUGAGUACACACCGUUACCACCACCAAUAUACAGAUACAGAGAAAGACGCUCAUAGUCCUCUGAAGGGAUUUUGGUUUAGUCACAUGGGAUGGAUUCUCGAUAGCAAUAAACGCUUUGGAAGAUAUGGAGGACUGAAGAAUGUUGAAGAUUUGAAAAGGCAGCCAUUUUAUAGGUUUCUUCAUCAUACAUUCCUUCUGCACUCAUUUAUUCUUGGAGGAAUUCUAUAUACCCUUGGUGGGUUUCCCUUCAUCGUUUGGGGAAUGGGAGUGAGGAUGGUAUUUGUUUUCCACAGCACUUUGCUAGUAAAUUCGGCUGGGCACACAUGGGGGUAUCAAGCAUGGAAUACCGGUGAUCUAUCUAAGAACCUUUGGUGGUUAGGAUUGCUUGUACUAGGAGAAGGAUGGCACAACAACCACCACGCUUUCGAAUACUCGGCUCGACAAGGCCUCGAAUGGUGGCAGAUUGACGUGACUUGGUACGUCAUAAGAUUUCUUGAAGCUCUAGGGUUGGCAAAAGAUGUGAAACUACCAUCUGAAGCUCAUAAGAAACGCAAAGCUUUAGAGACCAGAACAACCGUCGCUUCUCAUGAAAUAAGCUACGAAGAUUAAUUAGUUUGCUUAAUUUGCUGUUAUUUAUAUAAUAUGAACAGCUAUAUGCUGGCCUCUAAUCUUGUGUCCUACUUUAUUUUAUGAUCUGAAAUUCUGAUGAAGAAGAUUCGUGCAUGUAAUGCAUGCAUGAUCAGUUUGGACUGUAGCUAAUAAUGGAAAUCGAUUCUAGCUAGCUGAAUGCAUCACUUUCAUCUCGAGCCUAA